GUAAGAAAAAGGGGCAGGGGAAAAACAGAGUAGUGGUGUGCUACGAUGGAUCUACGGCCGACUGGGUCGACGGCAGCGGCGGGGACAGAAGCAGCAGCGGCGGCGGCCAGGGAUUUCCCUCUGCAUCCGGUCAGCAGGUUGCCUAUCUUCCGGUCGCCACCGGGCUCUCCGGCGAUUUCCCUGGAGGACGACGGGAGCGAGGUGCACGGAGGUGUCUUCGCAGUUGUGGGGGAUUCUUCAGUUGCUGCGCACGACAGUUGUGGAGGAGCGCCCGCUGAGGCGAGCGGUGACAGCGCGCCGGCGGAGUCCGACGAGUCGGCCGUGAAGCCAGAUCCGAAGACGCCUGGAUGGAUUAGGAGAGUGCGUGUUGGUGCUAAUCCAAUCGAGAGGGCACCAUGUCCCGGGAGGAUGGGUGCCCUCGAGAAAUCCAUCAGAGGUUUCGCAAAAAGAGAAGGUGAUCAUGUGGUGGAGCCUGAACUAGGGACAACAUUCGACUCACUGACAGAAGCGUAUGACUUCUACAAUUUGUAUUCGUGGGAGCAUGGGUUCGGCAUCAGAUACGACAAGAGCAGACUGAACCCAGACAAGAGGAAAACAAUGCAAGAGAUUGUGUGUGGAUGCUCGGGGAAACCACUGAGGGAGAACUCACGAUCGUGUCGAUGCGAGUGCCGUGCUAUGAUUAGGUUGUUAAGGACGUCCGACAAUGGGUGGUACAUUACUGAGCAUAGAGUUAAGCACAACCAUGUGUUGACUCCAAAUUGUGGGGAGAUGUUGCACUGGCCUUCUCACAAACACAUAGACGUGUACACUAGGGACCUGGUUCGAAACCUAAGGAAGAACAACAUCAACCUAAGCAAGGUGUACAGCAUAAUCGGGGGGUUCUUUGGCACGGUCGAGAAUGUUCCAUUCACGAAGAGAUCUCUGAGGCACCUGUGUGGCCAGAUAAGCCAGGAGGAAGCUGACGAUGAUGUUCAGAAAACAAUUGAGGUGUUUGAUGAGUUAGGGUCAAAAGAUCCGGAGUUCUUAUUUAGGGUACAAGCGGAUGAACAGAGCAAAAUAAGGAAUCUAAUUUGGGCAAGUGGGGAUAGUCGGUUGAAGUACAAAUUUUUUGGGGAUGUCGUGACGUUCGACACAACUUACAGGACUAACCUGUACGAUAUGCCAUUCGGUCUAUUCAUUGGGGUGAACAACCACUACUAG